CGCUUUCAAAUGACAUCCCACGUACGUAGCAGGAAGUGUCAAGACGACAACAGCACUGCAACUGGCUACAACCUUCUAUUGACUAAAAGAGAAUCGCACAACGAUUGUCGCGAAACAAUAAAUUUAUACGACUUCACUACAAUCGCAGGGUCAUGAUCAAAACGACUUAAGUGACUGACGAUCUUUCCGAAGAUUGUCACCUUUAUAACUUAAAUGUCAUCUGGUUGUCCACCCCAGUCACCUGCUGUGGCAAAGUCUGAAGUCGCAAUCGAGGGAGAAUGCCCACUGCUGGCUGCCACCUUCGCUUACUGGGACAAUAUCCUCGGUCCUCGUGUCCAUCACAUCUGGGCACCAAAGGGCGAUCAUGUCAUGUUGCUUGGCGAUGGAGAUGUGACCUUCUUGGCCAAUCACACAUUAAAUGGAGAGAUUCUACGCAGUGCAGAGUGUGGCGCAGUGGACGUGAAGUUUUUUGUCCUGGCAGAGAAGGGCGUCAUCAUCGUGUCACUCAUCUUCGAUGGUGAGCUCAAGGGGGACAAGAACACCUGCGCCUUGUCCAUUAUGCUACCGCAGACGGAGCUGGCCUUCUACCUGCCUUUGCACACCAUCUGCGUGGAGAGGCUAAAGCAUGCUAUCCGCAAGGGACGUAUUUGGAUGCAAAAGGGCUACAAUAUCAUCGCAGUGCUGAGCUUGGAGAUUGUUCCGAUUAUGGAGCUGCUUGCUUCUAUGAAAACACACAGUGUGCCUGAAGACAUCGAUAUAAAAGACACCAUGUUAAAUGAUGAUGACAUUGGAGACAGCUGCCACGAGGAUUUCCUCCACAAGGCCAUCAGUUCUCAUCUUCAGACUUGUGGUUGUUCAAUCGUGGUUGGAAGCAACCCAGAGAAAGUAAACAAGAUUGUGCGAACACUUUGCCUCUUUCUUACUGCUGCUGAGAAGAAAAGUUCUCGCCUCUGCAAGGCAGACUCAUCAUUCAAAUAUGAUACAGGCCUCUUUGUUCAGGGUCUGCUCAAGGACUCCACUGGGAGCUUUGUACUGCCCUUCCGCCAGGUCCUCUACUCACCUUACCCGACCACGCACAUCGACGUAGACAUCAACACAGUCAAGCAGAUGCCACCGUGUCACGAGCAUACUUACAACCAACGUGGCUACAUGCGGUCCGAGCUGAAUACACUAUGGAAGACGGACAGCGAAGAGGACAUCCCUCCUGACACUGUCAUCCCCACCGAUGACACGUUCACACCUGACUUGAAUAUAUUUCAAGAUGUUAUGCAUCAAGAUACUUUGGUGAAGUCAUUUAUAGACGAGGUGUUCAUGCUGAAGCCCGGCCUUUCCCUGCGCAGUGCCUACUUGGCUCAGUUCCUGCUGUUGCUCCACAGGAAAGCCCUCACAUUGCUUAAGUACAUCGAAGAUGAGACUCAAAAGGGGAAAAAGCCUUUCCGGUCCUUGCGCAAUUUAAAGGUCGAUCUCGAUCUGAUGGUUGAAGGAGACCUGAACAUCGUUAUGGCCUUUGCUGAAAAGUUGAGAGCAGGACUACAUUCAUUUGUGUUUGGAAAGCCAUUCUACACCAGCAUGCAGGAAAGAGAUGUUCUUAUGAACUUUUGAGUGCGAUCAUUACCUGCACUUAAUGUCUUGAAAAUUGUUGGUUUUGUUUUUUUUUGUUCCAGAAAUAUAUGCAUGUUUUCUUUCCAGACCGAGAAUUCCGUUUCCCCCAAUUUGGCUCCUUUUUUGUCCAUGGUACAUGAUAGAGAAAUCUACGAACAAAAUUGUAUCAUGUUUAAAGUUUCGGUUAAUUUGGGCAUGUCUGGACAUGCUCAGCGCAGAGGUGGGCGUUUUGGGCGGAGGGCCUUUUCUUGAGUAAUCACGUCAAAACAAGGGGUAGGGGGUGGCGAAGGCUAGAUUCAAUCACAGAGUGGGAAUAAACAAAUUGGGAACAAGGAGUUGUUGAAUACCAAAAGACAGUUUGGGAACAGCUGUCGCGCCCAGGUGGACAUUAGUCAUCAGCAAAGUCUGUGACUUGUGCAUUCGGGUAAAUCAGAUCCUUACCGCAGGGCCGGACUGGGGGGCGCGGGAUGCAAAUCUCGGGGGCAGUGUCUUUCUUGUAUUUUGCAAUAAAAGUUCGAACAGGCGGAGAGGGAGCCGAGUGUGAUCGCGGAGCAACGAACCGUCGUUCGCUCUCAGAGAUCCGCUUCCGCCGAUAUUGAAGACAAAUUUUCCUGUGUGCCGAGUCAUUUCUUUAGCUUUGUCCGAGAAAAUCUCUGACAGUACAGUAUCAUCAAAGAACUUCUGUUUGUAAAAGAUUUUAUCCUAUUUCUUCUAAUCUGCUUUUAUGAUGUGUUUUGAGAAGAUAAACGUUGUUAUAGGUGUCUCCAGUCCUGUAUGUAUGCAUGAAUGCAUGCAUAACAAUUACAGGUCUUCAAUCCUGUUCCUCGAGGGCCGCUGUCCUGCCUUUUUUUCCUCCUUGAUGUAGCACACCUGAUUCAAAGAUCAGGAUCGUUAUCCGGCUUCUACAGACCUUGUUGAUUAUCUGAUUAUUUGAGUCAGGUGUGUGGUAGCAAGGAGAGCUAGAAAAUAGGGUGGAGAGCGGCCCUUGAGGAACAGGAUUGAAGACCCCUGCAUUAGAUGAUGGUGCGAAAAUAAUUUGCUUCCUGCUCGGAUUUUUAUGUGAUUUCAAAAUGCUAUUUAUUAAAAGUAUCUGCUAUUGUAUUUGGUAGUGUGAACCAACUGCCUAAGUUGGCCUUUCGAAAGUACUGUGGUGUACAGUACAGUUAAGAUUUUUUUUGUUGUUGAAAAUGUUCAAAUAAAUGUCUGUGUUGAAUGUGACAAAUCUGUUGACAUAAUUAAAAUAUUGAGUGUAAUCCCAAA